AUGUCUCCUAGCAAGAACAUCAACAUUUGCCCCUGGGAAUACCUCCAUAUGCUCGAGUCGGCCAAGAGCUUCACAUUUGUUGAUCUGCGCUUCUUCGCCUUGGGUGUCGAGACUCGAGACGACAAUGCAUCUAGCGUGAUUAGUCAUGAUGUUUACGUCGACGGCGGUCUGGUGGAAGGCAUCGAGCCUACAAUCUACAUCCAUCCUACACAUUUACACAGUACACACACCGAGUCAGCUCAACUCCCAUUCGUGAAAUCAAGGCUGCUGUGCCGGGUAUUUCAACAAAUCAAGGGUACAACGUACGGUUGA